GGCAUUGCUUUCUUUGCCUCCCCUUAAAAAAGGAGAACGUUAAAAAAAUCAUCUUGUUUUUGUAAUUUUGUUUGUUUUGCGUUUUCUUUGAAAACAAAUUCGGUGAAUCUUUUAAUUUGUUUAGAGUAAAUUAUAAUAAUGACAGAUGAGCCAAUGCUUCUUAUACGAGAGUCGUCGAGAAAUCUGCUGAAAUCAAAUAGGCGGAUUCACAAAAAUGAACAAAAUGAUAUAUACAGAAAGCUUGAAGAAACGAGGUUGGCAAGAGAAACUAUAGUGGACAUAGUGAACAAGUUGAAAACCAAAUCUAUAACAGCAAUGGAACUAGAUAUUCUUAAAAAUUCAAUUUUGGAUGACCAGAAUAAUAUAGAAGUUGUGUUGAGCAAUCAGGGUUCAUUGAGGGGCCUGGUUCGAGAAUUAUCAGGUACUGAUGUGACGAAACAAUUGGCUGCAGCAGGGUGUUGCUGUAAUAUAGCUCUUGGUGAUGCUAAAGCUUGCGUAACUAUCGCUAAAGCAGCGGGACUCUACCUUGUGACAGCUCUUGACAACUUCAACACGGAGUUAGCUGUAUUGUGCGCGUGGACAUUGGGCAACAUAGCGGGGUCGGGACACAGAGCAUGCGUGGCGCUACACUCGCGCGGAGUUCUCACCAAAGUGACCGCUCUACUCACACACCAUCUACUCUGUGACGCUGCCUUGUAUGCGGCUACCCAUCUCGCUUAUCACAUGAAAGAUGACCUCAGUAAAGAGUACGUAGAAAAAUGGACCCAGAUUUUAGUCAAAAUGAACUUGAGUAUGGAAUCGUCUCAUCUACUCUUCAUUCUAUCCUGUCAUGUCGACUUUGCCUUACCUCAGGAAGAACUCUACAGGGUGUUACAAUUUACUUAUGUGAGUAUUCAGAAACAUUGUGCAGAGUGUUCGGGAACUAAAAUGUGCUGUGAACUGGUAUAUCUUUUGAGGACUUUAGCAAAUUCGGACAUCAGUGAGACGGGUGCCAUAAUUAUAAAUUACUUUGACGCAAACUUAGGUGUGGAAUGUUUUAAAACAAUUCUCAAAUCAAACAAUUGUACAGUUUCAGAUGCUCUGACUUGGUUAUUGGGUAAUGUUUUAAAUGUUUGUGGUGAAAAUAGCUUCGUUAAUAAGUUGUUAAUGACCACUGCAUCGUGAAACUCUGUUAUUGAAUGUUAUUAUAAUAAGUUUUUGAACAUUUUUGUUAUGUAACAAAAGUUUAUCAAAAUUUAAGCUCGUAUAAAAAAACAUACUGGUCGCCGAUAACAUGAACAAUUUCUCUGUUAUUCCGGGCAUCAAAUUAAAACGCACACAAUUACGCAAUAAAUAUUUUAUUGUAUCAAUAAAUCAUUAUAACUUUUUAUAAUAAUAUUUAGAUUAUUAUGGAUAAGGCUAUAAUUAUAUUUUUUUAACGUUUACACCACUCACAUAUGUAGCAUAAAGGUCUAUCCACAUUGGCUAGCUAUAAGAUGCUACGAACGUCACAAGUCCAAUAAAAAUAAUAAUAAUCUCAUCUAGGAAUGAUGAUUUAAAAAAAAACAUUAUUUUAAACAGACCAUUGCCGCCUAGUGUUACUGUCUACUUCAAGUUUGUGUUUUUUUCUGUUGAUAAACUCUCAAGAUGUUGGAUAUUAAUUCAGUCUUAUUUUUUAUCAUUCAAACUAUUAUUUACUGCUUUUACAUAAACGUCAAACUCGAAAUAGAUAAGUGAAGUGCAACUUUAAACUGUGGUCGACUAUCCACUAUGUAACUACGUUAAAGCACAUUAUACAAUACUUAAACGUUUUCUGGAAUAGUUUGAAGCUUAAAAUUGAAAUAAUCUUUAUGUCACAGGCAAUAAGAUCUACUUUAAAAGAAUUAUAAGGCCUGUUGAUAUAUCGACCCAUUCUCCUUCUCCUAGCUCCCAAACAAGUUAAUUUUCCUACCUGUACAGAACAAAAAAGUUUCGAAAUGUCGACCUUACAAAUAUUAGUCUUUUGACCUAUAUUUGUACAUGGAAAAGGUCUAAUAUCCGUUGUCCACGUUAAAUACAACUUCGUGAAUGUUAUUACUGUGAUAAUAUUGCUUACAAAACUGUUCAUUUUUGUUUUCUGUUGGUUUUUAACGAGUGAAAUUAUUUGUAGAAAUACUACUGCAAAAUACAUUAAGUUUACCAAAGUUUUUGUUUAUCGUUUCUGCUAGUCUGUGCGGAAAGAGAAUGGGCGUGGCCAAAAACGGAACUAACAUUAAGAUUUUUAUUUGGCAAUCAAACUCAGCAAUCUGUAAAACGUCAAAGUUUUGUAUUGAUACGGAUUUGUUUGUUGUUGUGAUUUCUCUCGGUUUUUUGUAUUUAAUCAUGUCCUUAAGGGGUAAAAGCUUACAAAUAUGGUAGAAAAGCACUACAGCGCCCUCCAAUCUAAAUCCCAUUCUCUUUCCGCACAUACUCUACAUGAGGUCUUUAAAAAACGCGUUAAAAACUAAAAUUGGACACAAUUACAAAAAAUCUUUUCACAUCAUGCGCAAAUUCACUGCCGACAUCCAUGAAUGGGGUCAAAAUACAUCUGACCAAAAACAAGCCGCGCUUUAUUGGUCACGAAUGCCAAGGCGGACACAUAGACAAGAAAACUAAAUAAUGAUAAAUAAGUACAUUUUAACAACCGUAAUUUCUGAUUAUGCGAUUGUGGGCCCGGAGAUACACCGGUCGUUUUUAAGUCAAAUGUGAUUCGACCCUUAGUCCACAUGCGGAGAAAAUCCACAAGUUGACGAAAGUAGCCUUUAAAAUAUAUUUAUCAUAACUAAGAUACACAUUGUUAAAAAUUAUAUGUAUGCUUAUCACAGGACAUCAUAAGGUACAAUAAAAUGCUCACAGGAUAAAUUAAUAAAUAAUGAUUGUUGAUAAAUGUUUAUAAAACUAAAACUUAUUAAGCAAGUGUUAUAAAUGUGUGAUUAAAGCAAUUUUGUUUUUUAUUCUUGGCUUUGCACUUUGUUUUUGGCUUAAAUGUGAAACUUCAUUAUAAGUAUAAAACAGAAAUAAGAUUCUCUAAUCCCUCGUUUACACCAUGAAACAAGUUUUAUACUAGUUUAAACAAAACUAGUAGAAUACUUGUUGUGGCUGUUUAAAACAUUCUUUCGUUUACACUGCAUAGACAACUAGUAUCUUACAAGUGUAAAUCACUUAUUUACUUCACAUAUUUUGUUUCUCCAACAAGUUUGAUGCAAGUAUUGUAUACUACAUGUUUUAUACUGUCUGACUGUUGCUUCUCAGUACAUUUAUGAAAAUUAAAUGUAUGUUCGAAAAAAUAUUACAUUAUUUCCUAUAAAUAGUGAUAAGCAGUCGCUUCAUACUAGAAAUAAAAAUGAAUUAGCUGUAAAUUACAAGGAGGGAAGGAAAAUCGAUAAUUCAUUUAAAGGUCUUUGUGUACGCUUUUACAAUAAAGUCCCUAACAAUAUCCAAAAAUUAAGCGUCAAUAAAUUUAAAACUACCAUUAAAAGAGUUCUUAUUAAGAAAGCCUACUAUAAAGUGUUUGAUUAUAUUUCAGACAAAAAUGCUUGGGUUUAAACUGUUCCAAACUUUCCGGCAGGCUUUUUCUAUAAUUAUAAUGAAGAUGAAAUGAUUUUGUAUUGACACCGUAAUAAUAUAUUUUUUUGUAUAUAUUGUUACAUAAUUAUUUAACGCUGUGAAAUUUUUUUCGACAGUUUUUCUCCACAGCUAUAAAAAAUGUCCUAACUGGUGGUAGGGAAAAAAAUGGACGAUUCAAAAGAAUUGUAUUUUGCAUCCAGUUUGAAUAAAGAUAUUUUGACUUUUGACUAUACAUGUAUAUAAGUGUGAACAAAAAAUUAAGACAUUGUUAAAUACAUGUAUUAUACCUUGGUGUAAACGAGGGGUUAUAAGUAGAUCUAAUACACAAAUAAAGGUUCAUGCAAUUUGUAUGGGGAGGAACCUCAAUAUUUAUUAAGUCUGUUUUCACGUGGAAGGCGUGCAUGUUAACUACAGUUAAAACAUAUUUUUCGUUACCCGAAACGAAAUGUAAAAUAAAAUACCAAAGAUAUAAGAUAUUUACGAGUGGCCUUGUGAGUUGAAAAUAAUAAAUCUUGUCUUCAAGUUUUGUUAAUUUGAUUAAUUAUUAACAAUUCGUAAUGAAAGGAAAAAACCCCGAUAUUCCCAAAAUUUAUCGCAAACCUAGUUGCUUGAAAUCUUGGUAAAUAGCAGGUCGCAUCUUGAUAGGUACCUUUAUCUUAUAAUCUGAACGCAAGCGGCAUCCACACUAUGCUACAUUCUCAAAAUUUUAUUGACAGUGCCCGCUGAAAUUUUUUUUUUACUGACUUCGAAGGAGAUUCUCAAUUUGGUUUUAUUUUUAAUAGGUAUUAAAGUUUUUAUAAAACCGAUAUAUGUGUACGAUUAUUUUUGUUAGACCGAUUUUUGUGUGACGUCUGCGUUAAUAUUAGGAUAUUGAUACAUUUCUAUUGUAUCAAUGUUGGCACCAACGCGUGGAGUUGGCAAGCGAUUGGCUCUAAUACUUGUUCGUAAGGAAUUUAGCGCCCAAGCUCGUCUAUGGUUCACACGUAAGCCAACGUUGGCGCCAACGCGUGGAGCCAGCGUGAGUAUUGGCUCUACGUUCCCGCGCGUAUAGUGCCAAUGCUUGCAUACAAUCCACACAUACGCCAUCGUUAGUACCAACGCGUGGAGCAGGCGUGAGUGAUGGCUCUACUUUCCCGCGCAUAUAGCGCCAAUGCCGCGUAAAAUCCACACAUUAGCUAAUGUUGGCACCAACGCGUGGAGAAGGCGUGGGUGUUGGCAACGGUUUCCCGCGCGUAAUGCUCGCCUGCAAUCCACACAUUAGCCAACGUCGGCACCAACGCGCGGAGCGGGCGUGAGUGUUGGCCACUGUUUCCCACGCGUAAUGCUCGCGUACAAACCGCACAUUCGCCAACGCAUGGAGCAGGCUUAGUUUUCCGCGCGUAUAGUGUCAAUGCUCGCGUACAAUCCACACGUAAGCCAACAUUGGCAGCUUAGCGUGGAGCCGGAGCGAGUGCUAGCUCUAGUUUCCCGCGUGUACAGUACAAUAGUUGGGCGAGUGUUGGCGUGUUGGCGUUGGCGCGCAUUACGUGUGGUCGGGGGGCGCGCGGCGCGCCUGGCCACGCCUCGCGCGCCGCUCGCCCGCGCCCGCUGCAUGCGCCUCGCUUAGUGAUAUCAGUUUGGUAACCACGAUUUUCAACUCUGGGUACUUUGAAAUAUGGUCCGAAACCGGACUGAGGGGUGAUUUCGUUAAUUCGUUCGCGCAUUUAUGCCUACAACGGUGAGUUUCUGUUUGUUCUUCUGGACUCUUAGUAUCUUCCCCGCUGGGCCCUUGUCCUUUUCUCGUCUUGUGUUCGUGUCCGUUCGCUCGCGACCGUGUAUGAUUGUUGGCAUAGACGGUGGAGCGGUGUAUCUGCUGGCCGGCCAGCUCGGGCAGCGUAAGCGGCCGUCUGGUGCUUCGUCCUCGAGACGACACCAUGUUGAAGUCUUCUCUAAGUGGUUCCCGCCAGAACUCGGGCGUGUGUACGGGAGGGAAGUGGUAGUUGUUCUGGUACCCGUAGGCGUCGAGCCCGCUCGCGCGCAGGCUGGCGUGCAACGAGUUCUUCAUACACUGCAACUCUCUGCGCUGGCGGUCCGCGUCCGCGCGCAGGCGCCGCACGAGCCGCUCCGCCUCCUGCAGGCGCGCGCGCAGCUCCGCGCCGGACUCGGCCGCGCCCGGGGACACGGCGCCGGUGAUGCCGGUGAUGCCGGUGCCACCGGCAGCGUGAGCGCCGCACGAGCAUGUGGACGUGCGCGACUCCAGCUCGCGCAGCUUUUCAGCUUGCGCGUCAAACACUCGCUGCAGUUGCAGCGCUCGCGCCUCGGCAGCGCGAGCUUCGCUGCGUGCGGCCGCUGCCUCACGUUCCAACCGGCUCACUUCCCGUCUCAAGUUGGCCUCCUCACUGUUCUCAUUGGUUUCCUCUUGGGAAGGCGUUGUCGUUUUAGGCGUCGAUUCCUUAUUGAAUAUCAGUUGGAACUGCAGAUCUCUGUUCCUCUCUCUGAGCGCUUCGAUCUCGGCGUGCAAGCCGCUCAGCAUCUGCCUGUGCUGCUCCUGCAGGAACCGCACGCUGUGCUCCAGGUGCGCCACUCGUGCCGUGGCAUCGCCGCUUCCUAUGACGAAACCGCUCCCGGACUGUUCAGGCGGUGACUUUUUAAUUUGCAAUUUGGCAAAGGGAACAGUCGGCACUAACACUUUGGAAGCCAUAGCUGCAAUCCUGGCCGCACGCGCCAGAUCACGAGGUGAGUUGAGUCAAUUAGCGAAACCUAGGUCGCGGGACUGGCUCACAGCACGCGCGCAUUCGUAAUGCCCGAGCUCCGACAUUUGCACCGCGCACAGCACGGGCGGCCUUGCCGCGCGCGUAAUAAUUAAAAAUAAAAAAAAUUUGCACGAAAACACCGGUCGAAACUACUACGUUUCCUUCUUACGUUAUGAGGUCGUCGACCGUCGCCGACCUUGAACUAAGUACUGCGAUAAGUAUAAGUAAUAAAUAGCUGGUUGUAAUGCACUGUGCUUUGUUAGGUUUUUUGGAGUUGUUGUUUGGUUUAUUUCGGGUUUUUUCGCUAGGCGAGGUGGGACUGCGUUGCCCGGGUGCAGGGCACGGCUAAGCGGGGAGGGGUGCAGUGUCUAUCGAUCGUGCCGCCGCCGCCGCGCCCGCCGCUGCGAGUUCCUAGUGACAUACCGCUGAGUCACGACUCGACUCGGCUCCUGUCACUACACAGCUGUGGCACCCGGCCAAUUCUCGCGGUGGCUCCGUGUCAC